GGCAAGUGUUUUAACCAUUUAGAGAACCUGUACCGACAUGGGAGAAUACACACAGGGGAGAAGCCUUACCACUGCUCCCAGUGUGGCAAGUGUUUUAACCAGUUAGGGAACCUGAAACAACAUGAGAGAAUACACACGGGGGAGAAGCCUUACCACUGCUCCCAGUGUGGCAAGUGUUUUAGCCAGUUAGGGAACCUGAAAAAACAUGAGAGAAUACACACAGGGGAGAAGCCUUACCACUGCUCCCAGUGUGGCAAGUGUUUUGACCAGUCAGGGAAUCUGAAAAACCAUGAGAGAAUACACACAGGGGAGAAGCCUUACCACUGCUCCCAGUGUGGCAAGUGUUUUAAACAGUUAGGGAACCUGAAAGAACACAAGAGAAUACACACAGGUGAGAAGCCUUACCACUGCUCCCAAUGUGGAAAGAGUUUCAACCAGCCGGGGGAGCUGAAAUGGCAUGAGAGAAUACACACAGGGGAAAAGCCUUACCACUGCUCCCAGUGUGGAAAGGGUUGUUACCUCUUAUGGGAGCUCAAACAACACGAGAGAAUACACAAUGGGGAGAAGCCUUACCAUUGCUCCCAUUGUGGAAAGAGUUUCAACCAGAAAGGACACCUGAACCAACACGAGAAAAUACACACAAGGGAGAAGCCUUACCACUGCUCCCAGUGUGGAAAGAGUUUUAACCAGAAAAGCUACCUGAAAAAACAUGAGAGAAUACACACAGGGGAGAAGCCUUUUCACUGCUCCCAGUGUGGAAAGUGUUUUAACCAGUUAGGGGACCUAAAACGACAUGAGAGAAUACACACAGGGGAAAAGCCUUAUCACUGCUCCCAGUGUGGAAAGUGUUUUAACCAGUUAGGGGACCUAAAACGACAUGAGAGAAUACACACAGGGGAGAAUCCUUACCAAUGCUCACAGUGUGGAAAGAGUUUUAACCAGAAAAACUACCUGAAAAAACAUGAGAGAAUACACAUUGGGGAG